GAAGCCAUGGGGGCUCUCCCACCCAGAGCCAAGGGGCCCUGGGCCCAGCUGCAGAGGCUGCUGAGAACCUGGCUGGCCCGAGAGCAGGACUGGGACCAGCGCCUGGACGAGGCUCACAUGCUGCAACAGAAGAGGAUUCGUGAAUGUCCACUGCUCCGGGCAGCCAAGGAAAAUGAUCUGUGUGUCCUGAAGAAACUUCUGCUGGACCGAACCUGUGACUUCCGUCAAAGAGGUGCCCUGGGGGAAACGGCUCUGCACAUUGCCGCCCUCUAUGACAACCUGGAGGCUGCCAUGGUGCUGAUGGAGGCCACCCCAGAGCUGGUGAAGGAGGCCACCCUGGGUGAGCCAUUUCUAGGUCAGACUGCCCUGCACAUAGCCGUCGUGAACCAGAAUGUGAACCUGGUGCGGGCCCUGCUCGCCCGAGGGGCCAGCGUCUCUGCCAGGGCCACGGGCACCGCCUUCCGCCGCAGCCCCCGGAACCUCAUCUACUUUGGGGAGCACCCCUUGUCCUUUGCGGCCUGCGUGGGCAACGAGGAGAUCGUGAGGCUGCUCAUCGAGCACGGAGCUGACAUCUGGGCCCAGGACUCUCUGGGGAACACUGUGCUGCACAUCCUCAUCCUCCAGCCCAACAAGACUUUUGCCUGCCAGAUGUACAACCUGCUGCUGAGCUACGAUGGGCUGGGGGACGGCCUGCGAUCCCUGGACCAGAUGCCCAACCUCCAGGGCCUGACCCCCUUCAAGCUGGCCGGCGUGGAGGGCAACACGGUGAUGUUUCAGCACCUAAUGCAGAGCCGGAAGCACAUCCAGUGGACCUACGGGCCCCUGACGUCCACCCUCUAUGACCUCACUGAGAUCGACUCCUGGGGAGAGGAGGUUUCCUUUCUGGAACUUGUGGUCUCCUCCAAGAAACGGGAGGCUCGCCAGAUCCUGGAACAGACCCCAGUGAAGCAGCUGGUGAGCUUCAAGUGGAAGAAGUAUGGGCGUCCUUACUUCUGCAUCUUGGGUGCCUUGUAUGUGCUCUACAUGAUUUGCUUCACCAUGUGCUGCGUCUACCGCCCCCUCAAGUUCCGCACCAGCAACCGCACCAACUCCAGAGAUAACACUAUCUUCCAGCAGAAAUUGCUGCAGGAAGCCUAUGUGACUUCUCAGGAUAAAUUCCGGCUGGUAGGGGAGCUGGUAACUGUCUUUGGAGCUGUGACCAUCCUGCUUCUAGAGAUCCCAGACAUCUUUAGGGUUGGUGCUUCCCGCUAUUUUGGACAGACUAUCCUCGGGGGACCCUUCCAUGUCAUCAUCAUCACCUAUGCCUUCCUGGUGCUGGUGACCAUGGUGAUGCGGCUGUCCAGCAUAGAUGGGGAGGUGGUACCCAUUUCCAUCGCCCUGGUGCUGGGUUGGUGCAGUGUUAUGUAUUUUGCCCGAGGAUUCCAGAUGCUGGGCCCCUUCACCAUCAUGAUCCAGAAGAUGAUUUUUGGAGACCUCAUGCGUUUCUGCUGGCUAAUGGCUGUGGUUAUCUUGGGAUUUGCCUCAGCGUUCUAUAUCAUUUUCCAGACUGAGAACCCCACCAACCUGGGCCAUUUCUAUGACUUCCCCAUGGCCCUGUUCAGCACCUUCGAGCUGUUCCUCACCAUCAUCGAUGGCCCUGCCAACUAUGAUGUGAACUUACCGUUCAUGUACGGCAUUGUCUACUUUGCCUUCGCCAUCAUCGCCACACUGCUCAUGCUCAAUCUGUUCAUUGCCAUGAUGGGCGACACCCACUGGCGGGUGGCCCAUGAGCAGGAUGAGCUCUGGAGGGCCCAGGUUGUGGCUACCACAGUGAUGCUGGAACGGAAGCUGCCUCGAUUCCUAUGGCCUCGCUCUGGGAUCUGUGGGUGCGAGUAUGGGCUGGGGGACCGCUGGUUCCUGAGAGUGGAGAACCACCAUGAUCAGAAUUCUUUGCGAGUGCUCCGCUAUGUGGAAGCCUUCAAAAGCUCAGAUAAGGAGGAUGGACAAGGACAUCCUUCUGAGAAACAGCCCUUUGGUAUUGAAAGUGGAAGUCUAGUAAGAAUCCCCACAGCCCUCCCAACGCCCUCUUUAUCCAGGGCCACCUCCCGAAGCAGCAGCAGUCAUCGGGGCUGGGAGAUCCUCCGUCGUAACACCCUGGGAUUCACAAAUCUUGGACUGGACCUUGGUGAAGAAGAUGGAGAGGAGAAUAUUUACCAUAUAUGAUUCAGAUCUCUAUUACUCUCGACCUGGCUCCUGUUUGACCCUUUUUUUUUUUUUAAGUGGGAACAGAGAAGAAAGCACAGGCUUGUGCAAGGAUAGACCUUUCAAGCCUGAGAAUCAUGAGGGCUUGUGGACAAAAUUGCUCUGAAAAGUUAAGCCACCCAUUCACAUGAGCAUUUCUGGCAAUGCUAAGUGGACAUACUGUCCACACACCUUCUGGGUUCUUGGAAAUCUGACAGACAGAGCUUAUCUUCUGAGUACAUGAAAGUCCCAGAUGGAGAAAGACCACACAAAGGUCUCUUCUGGGUGUUUGGAAGUUGCACACCUAGAAAGAUCUGAUGAAAAUAAAGGUAUAAUUUCAAGCAAGGCUGGACUUGAAAAUUAAAGGCAUGGUGGUGGCAUGCUAGAUGAGCCUUGGGAACAUCUCACAUUCUACCCUAUGUGAACACUGAUUGAAUGAAGAAAGCUAUGAAUGCCACCCAGGUCCAUAGGGCUUCUUGGGAGAAGCACCAAGCAUGAUACUGAAGUUGGUGUCUUACUUUUUACUCUAUACUCCUGUGAGAGUCUCUCUUCACUUAGGAAACAAAUUCCAACUAAAAUAUGUAAGAAGAAGGUUCUUUAUCCUUAUUUUAUUUUUAAAAAUGCAUAUUGUGUCAAGGUGUACAGAAUAUAAAUCUGUGCAUCAUAUUAGUGUACAACUAACUCAACAGCAUUAAGUACAUUCACACAGCUGUGUAACUAUUCACCGUAUAUCUUUAGGAAAAUGUGUCCAUCUCCCCACAAUGAAAUUCUGCACUCAUUAAAUAUCAGCACUCCUGUAUCCUAAGCUCAUGAUAGCUGAUAGUCUUCGUCUAUGACUGCAACCAUUUCAGGUACCUCAUACAAUCAGAUAACAACCAGCCUUAGUGUGUCAGUUAUUUCCCUUAGCUUGUUUUCAAGAUCUAUCCAGAUUGUAACAUGUCUAUGAAUUUCAUGCCUCUAAAAAGCCAAAUAAUAUUUUGCUGUGUUGAUAUCUCAAAUGUUAUUGAUCCACUUAUACAUGGGCAGAUGUUUGGGUGGUAUCCUCCUUUUGAUGACCGUGAAGAAUACCAGUAUAGACACUGGUAUACAAUUAUCUGCUCAAGCUUCUUCACUCAGUUCUUUUGAGUAGACAUGUAGACAGAAGUGGAAUUGCUAGAUCAUAUGGCAAUUCAGUGUUUAGUUUUUAAUAAAAGCUGCUUGCUGCUUUCCACAGUGGAAGCAGCUGUCCUACUUCAUAUUUCCUCCAGAAAUGCACAGGGAUUCAAGUUUUUCCACAUCCUUGUCAACACUUUUGACAUUUUUCUUUUAACAUUAGGCAUCCUAGUAGGCAGGAAGUGGUACCUCAGUCAGGUUUUGAUUUGUGUUUUCCUAAUGAACUUAAGUUAAUUAUUUCGAUAAAUGUCUGCUAAAGAUCUCUGCUCA